GAUUUCCGUACCUGCUGUGCUAACGUGAAUGUAUACCUACCCUACCAAGAUCAGCCUCAUCGCCGCCACAGCUCCUUACUUCAGAAGGGUAGGAGGGGAAGAUCCCACAGCCUAGAGACGACGGCGAGAUAGAGUAGCCCUUCCGAUCCCUAACAACCAAUCAACAACCCACGCUCCACUUCUCCCCCUUCCCCAAGAACCCCCAUCCAAAAAUCUAAAAAAUCCCCGAAAAUAAACCCGCAACCCCAUAUCACGUGCCAAAAAAACCCUCCGAUAAGGCUAGCACCAAAAAAAAAUCCCUUAUCGCCCAACAAGCCACCACUCACCCACCAAUUCUGCCUAGGCCAGCCGGCCGCCGAGCCUUCCCAACAGCCAGCCAGCCAAGCCAGCCUCACACGCCGAGCUACAACACAACACACGCAAAUCGACGAUGACCCAUCACCCCGCACCAACCCCCAAUAUAACCCUGGGAUGCGGCGGUCGUCGAUCCUCUCGCUACGUCGUCCGUUCGUGCGCGCGUUGCCUGGGCGCUGCUUUGCGAGGUUGACGGAGAGGUUUGGUGGGCUGGAGGGUAGGGAGUUGGGGGGCACUGCUGCUGCUUCGACGACUUCAUCACCACCAUCAUCACUUAAAGAAUCGCCGAAUUCGCCAACUGGUACGAUUUCACCACCUACUACCGCUACUACCGCUACUACUACUACCACCACCACCGCCGCUUCCACCACCCCCGCACCCCCCCUCCGCCGACCCUCCCCCUUCUACCUCGACACAGGCAUCUCCCUCUUCGCCAAGCGCGCACCGCGCCCCUUCCCGCCACCAUUCCUGAGCCCGCCAACGACGAGCUUCUCCGAUGCGCUGAGUACGCAUCAGUGGAGCUGGGAUCGGAGGCGGGGGAGGGGGGAGAGGAAGGGGGAGGCGACGGUGGGGGGGGAGAGGGUUGGGGGGGUGACGAAUGGGGAUGAUGCGGUCGUGGUGGGGGAGGGGUUUGUGGGGGUUUGUGAUGGGGUUGGGGCGUGGAGUACUAGGAAGGGGGGGCAUGCUGGACUUUGGUCGAGAUUAAUUGUUCAUUUUUGGGCGGCGGAGAUCGAACGAGCUGCUAAUGAGGGGGGGGAACCGACGCCGAUCGAGUACCUGCAACGCGCAUACGAGCAGACCCUCGAAGCAACGACGCAACCUACAGAAUGGCAGGGAACCACAACCGCCACAGGUGCACAACUACAUUUCGAGAACACCGACGCGGACGGUGCAGAGAGGCCGGUGCUAUACGUGACCAACCUGGGCGACUCGCAGGUCCUAAUCCUGCGGCCACGGAACUCCAAGGUGCUUUUCAAGACGGAGCCGCAGUGGCAUUGGUUCGAUUGCCCGCGGCAGCUGGGGACGAAUAGCCCCGAUACGCCAAUGGGCGCAGCUGUAAUGGAUAAAGUGGUCGUUGAAGUGGGAGAUGUCGUAUUGGCAGUCUCGGACGGAGUGACCGAUAAUCUAUGGGAGCACGAGGUGGUAUCGUGUGUCGUUAGUGGGAUGAAGGAGUGGGAGGAGGCAGAGAAGGCAGCUAAGGCUGGGAGUGUGACGAAGGGGAGGAUGCAGUUUGUGGCGGAGAAACUGAUGAAUGCCGCGAGGGUUAUUGCACAGGAUCCGUUUGCGGAGAGCCCGUUUAUGGAGCAUGCUAUUGAGGAGGGGUUGGCGAUGGAGGGUGGCAAGCUUGAUGAUAUUAGUGUGGUGGUUGGGCUUAUUAGGAGGAAUGAUGGGUGAGAGGUUGAGAAGGCUGAGGGGAGCAUUUAAACGGCUUGUACGACAAACAACUUCACUCAUGGCGACAGGGUCGGAUAUCACAUCGCAACGAUCCAGCAACUCAGGCAACAAGAUCUGAGCAGGUUUGGAGCCGGAGCUACUUAUUAUAUUGGCAAAGGCAUGGGAUAUGGACAACCAACGAUAAACAGGGUAAUAAUCAUGGAGGUGUACACAAUGGGAACAAGGGAAAGUGGAACACCACACAACGCAGCGAGACUAAUUUUUUUGAGCGAUUUGAACGGGCUGGUCUGGCGUUUUCAAUGGCAUUUUCUGGGAAACUCUUCACGACCUUUUUACAAAAGGGGGUGUCAGAUGUCUAUAACAGUGGGAUAAAAAUAUUAAUUACUUCUUCGAU